CUGUCAAAACCUCACGCUUUACCAGUCAGCAUCGCCUUUGAGAAUGUGCCUUUGAAAACAUAGCUUUUUCACUAAAAUUUUAGAACAACCAACACACUCUACAACAAACACCAAACCAAAAUAUAAUAUUAUUGAGGAAAAAAUGCUCUUCAAAGAGGAAAAAAUAAGGAUGUGCAAUUGGACUUCCAUGGUUGUCCUUAACUUUUGGUAUCAUGGGAAGUUCAUAUUUCAUCCAAAACGUGGGUACGAGCAAGGAUUGUCAGAGACGAUUAUCUCGAGUAGAAAUCGAUUAAGUCUUACUCAUAUGCACAAGCUCAUUGAAAAAUUAGGCUGUAAAAAAGAAUACACGAUCUGGUAUGUUGAAGAUAUGAAAAGAUUUCAUGAGGACGGUAUUGCAAUCAAAGAUCCAGAUGACUUUUACAAUCUCGUGGAGCUGACAAAAUCAAAUCUGGUGAUACAUAUCGUCGUUCAACAUCGAGAUGUUGAAGAAGAAGAAGGGAAGGGGCUGCAAAACGAAAGGUGGCGGCUAACCCAACAACGUCUACCAAAAAACCUAGGGUAAGUGUUCUUUAAUUAUACAUACAAUACUUAUCGAAAUAUUGAGUUUUCAAUACUUACAGAUUCCGGGAAUGGGAUGUGCUCUUAGUCAAUUCGCAAUUCUAGUUGAGAAAUUAACCGGAAAACAAAAGAUGUGGAUUGUUGAUAUGGGCUUUGAAGAACUUUUAUUCACGAGGAUUAACAGUAGUGACCCAAAGUUUGGGUACUGGAUUACUUCCAGGUUUGAUCCCAAAACCUUGCAAUUAAAAGUAAGGGAUAACUAUAGGGUUAGAAUUGAUGAGGAAAUGGUAAAUUGGGUCUUAGGAAUACCACCCGAAAAAGCUUUGCUGCAUCCAAGUUUGUCAAACAAGAGUACCGCGCUAAACAUUAAGAAGUUAUACAAGAACACAAUGUACGGAGCUGUUACACAGUCUGAGGUUUUUGGUAAAAUAGUCGAUGACCGAACAGAGAAAGAGUCAUUUCAAAGGCACUUCUUAUUGUACGCACUAGGCACCAUUUUAUGUCCAACACAAAAGUGUGGCUGGAUAAGCCCUUUGCAUCUCAGCGUCCUCCCGAUAGCGAGUCAAGCAUCCGGUUAUAAUUGGGGACGUUAUGUACUGGACUGGCUUGUGAAAUACGGAAACAAAUUCAAUGCCUCAAAGGAAGGAUACGGGGGGUGUACUCUGCUUUUGGUCGUGAGUCCCUACUUUGCAAUAAUGUUUGCGUACUGUUUAUGCUAAAACAAUUACUCUCUUCUUACCAGAUAAUAUACAUCGAUAGAUUGGCGUCAACUAGAGCAAACCUUAACAUAUUUCCAAAUUCAAGUCGUCUUCGUGUUUGGGACCAAGAAAGUGUGGACAGGGUCUUGAAAUCUGACCAAGGUCCAGAUGGUCGCUAUAGUUUCGGCGAGGUAGUGGAGGGUUAUGUCUAUGGUGACAAGUAAUUAGAUUUGCAUUUCAAUCUUGUGAUGGUGCGAAAAUUGUGAUCGAAUUAGUACUAACCGAGUUUUCGUUGGAUAUAAUUAAACUUAUGAUGUGGUAACCUUUUGAUGUUUCAGACAUUACAAGUAACGUAUUAAGUAAUUUGGGUGAUUGUUUGUAAAUACCUUAUUAUAAGUAACUUAAAGAAUACUUCAC